CUAGCAGAGCAAGAGAGAGAGGAUUUUUACCUGCAACUAGCUCCCCAUCAGGCAGGGCGUGGGAGGAGCAGGAGAGGACAAGGCAGUGUCAGGCAUCUCGGACACAGGGCCAGCAUGGCAUCUCUGCUGGACAACAUAGCCAGACCUUCUGCUGUCGUUUUGCAGCUCUCUGUGGUGCUUGGUGUCAUCUUCGUACUGCUGAAGGUGGCCCAGUUCUACAAGGAGAGGAAGAAACUCAUCAAGGCUCUGGAGGCAUUCCCUGGUCCCCCGAAACACUGGCUCUAUGGCCACAAUCACCUGUUAAAUACCACUAAAAUAUUAAAUCAGAUCGUGUCAUGGGGAGAAGAAUACCCCUAUGCCUUUCCCAGAUGGCUUGGACCAGUCCUGCCUUCUCUAGUAAUCCACCAUCCUGAAUAUGCCAAAAGCAUAUGUGGCCAAACAGAUAGCAAGUCUGAUGUACCCUACAAAUUCUUAGUUCCCUGGAUUGGGCAGGGACUGCUGAACUUGGGUGGAACCAAAUGGUUCCAGCAUCGGAAGUUGCUCACACCAGCCUUUCAUUACGAUGUGCUGAAAUCUUAUGUGGCCCUGAUGUCAGAAUCGGUCAAAGUGAUGCUGGAUAAAUGGGAAAAGAAGAACACAGAGAGGAAGUCAGUGGAGCUCUUUCAAGACAUUAGCUUGAUGACGCUAGACAGCAUCAUGAAAUGCGCCUUCAGUUGUAAUACCAACUGUCAGACUCAGAGCAACUCAGACUAUUAUAUCAGAGCUGUUUAUGACCUGAGCUACCUCGUGAGCAAUAGAAUCCAGAUUUUUUCUUACAAGGACGUCUUCUAUGACUUGACUCAAAAAGGCCGUGAGUUUCGGGAUGCCUGCAAGCUGGCCCACGCCCACACAGAUAAGAUAAUAAAAGAAAGAAAGAUGUUGCUCUCCAGUGAGAAGGAACUUGACAAGAUCCAGAAGAAGAGACACCUGGAUUUUCUGGACAUUCUUCUUUGUACCAAGGAUGCAAAUGGAGUUGGGCUAUCCGAUGAGGACCUGCGUGCCGAGGUGGACACGUUCAUGUUUGCAGGUCAUGAUACCACGGCCAGCGGGAUCUCCUGGCUUUUCUACUGCCUGUCAUUAUACCCAGAGUACCAGCAACGGUGCAGGGAGGAGAUCCAGGGGAUCUUGGGAGACCGAGAUACCAUUGAGUGGGAGGACCUUCAGAAGAUGACUUACACCACAAUGUGCAUCAAAGAGAGCUUGCGUCUAUUCCCACCGGUUCCUUCUGUGUCCCGAUACCUCUCUAAACCUGUCACAUUUCCCGAUGGACGCAGCUUGCCAGCAGGCUGCCAGGUUGGAGUGAACAUAUUUGCUAUUCACAGGAACCGGGAUGUGUGGGAGGACCCUGAGAUUUAUGAUCCCCUGAGGUUUUCUCCAGAGAACUCAGCACAGAGGCACUCCCACGCUUUCCUACCUUUCUCCGCUGGAUCCAGGAACUGCAUCGGGCAGCAGUUUGCCAUGAAUGAGAUAAAAGUAGCGCUGGCCUUGACCCUGCUCCGCUUCGAGCUCUGCCCCAACCCGUCCAUGCCUCCCACACUGACACAGCAGAUCAUCCUCAAGUCCAGGAACGGGCUCCACCUGCAUUUGAAGAAGAUUCACUGAUCCCAGGGGGUACCACAGCAGGAAGCAAGAGCUUUCCCAAGGACCACCCUCCACCCAGAGCUUUAAGAGGGGGACACCAAACAGACCCACCCUG